UUUUGGUCAGCAAUGGAUCCCAACACCACUAAUGGGUUUUCGUGACUUGUUGCAGGAGCUGCAGCGGGUUCCGGUGGAGAUAUUUUGUUCUGUCAGGAAGUUUGACGUAUUCGGUUGAAGACCGUUUCUUGGUUUGUUUUUGUUGUGAAAAGUCGCGGGCUAGCUAACUCUAUCGCCAGUAACCCUGGAAAAUACGUUAUAUUAUAACCUUGGUUAAGCAUGACUUGUUAAACAUUCUUAUUUUAGAGUUUGAGAAGUCUUUUUAAGGAUUAUAAUCAGACAGUAUUCCUCUAGUGGUUCUUAACGGUUGCUUUUACUUUUUCUGAAACGUCUCGACUGAGUCAAAACUAUCGCGUCGCACGUUGAAUAUAUUUUAUCAUUACAUGUUCGUUAGGCCAGUAGGGCCUUUGGAGUGUUUUAUGUUAGGAGGCGACAUAUAUAUAUAAUACUGAACUCUCUAUCUGUUCUCAAUAAUAUAUUGAAGUAAAAUUAGGCAACAAAGAAAAGGGAAAUCUGAAGUUUUAUCAGGAAGACAGGCUCUUAUAAUCACGGAAACUACAGUUUUCCCUUUGGAGAGCUCAGGAAUGGAUUUAAUAAAAGCUAAAAGGCAACUGUUACGCCACAUUUGGUAGAUUUUUAUCUUUUAUAUAUAUAUAUAUAAGUUUCAGCUUAAAGCCCCCCCAAAAAAAUCAUGUUUUGGAAAUUCAAGUUUUCCAAAGACCCGAGGCUGCAGCGGCCUCAGCAGGAACAGUUAGAUUUAAUGCUUUCUGUAUAGAAAGAUAUUGUGUUUAUCUUACAUUUUUUUUAAAGAUACCCUUAUAGACUCUGUUAGUGAGUUAAAACUCUGUGAAAGAGGACAACAUCCUCCCCCAUAUUUGGGGGUGUCUAUCCCCUGCAUGCUGCCGUCACUCUCACACCCUCUCACGGGUGUUUUGGUCUGACCGAGGACGUCGAUGGACGUCUGCUCCUCCAGGACACUGUAUCCCUCUACCAUCGAGAGACGCAGGUGACUGGGUCCCCUACAAACGAAUCUGGAUCAUUUUACCUGAGAUUACAGGGUGUGGGUGGUCCGGCACUUCAGAAGCAUCAGUCUAAAGGCUGCUUUGUGGACCACGCACGCACUACGCUGCCAAAAUGAAUGAGAGGCAGGCUCUCCACUCCAUCAUGAAAGACCUGGUUGCCCUUCAGAUGACUCGACGACAGCCGGUGUUUUCCUACGACAGCGGAAAACCAAAGACACUGGCACAGGUUAACAGACAGGAUGAUGUCAGGAUAAAGUUUGAAUACUCGGGAGAAAAAAGGAUCUUGGUGUUUGGAAGGCCUGUGCAAUUUGAGGAAAUUCAGGAAAAAGUAAAGAGUAUCUUUGGCCAGAAGCUUGAGCUCCAUUAUAUGAACAAUGAGAUGUCGAUUCCUCUACGAGGUCAGGAUGACCUGGAUAAGGCAGUAGACCUGCUUGACAGAAGCUCCUGUAUGAAAAGUAUCAGGAUAAUGCUUCUUUCUCAAGAGCUCAGCAAUGCGUCCUCCAACUCUCACCAAUUGUCAUGUAAGCAGGUGAGGAUUAAGGCCUCCCACUCCACUGGAGAUGUUAGUACAGCGUACCAACCCUCUGAACCCAGAGGGCGCCACCUAUCAACAGGUUCCCAGAACACGGGACGAAGUUCCCCUCCUCCUGGAUACGUCCCUGAGCGUCAGCAGAGGAUUGCCCGACAAGGUUCUUACACCAGCAUCAACAGUGAGGGGGAGUUCAUCCCAGAAACCAGCGAUCAGUGUGUGUUGGAUCCCUGGAGCAGUACGGAGAAUUCAGUUUCUGGAAGCUGUCAGUCUCUGGACAGCAACUCAGAAAGCCCAUCAAUGAGGAAGUCUCGCAUGCACAGAGCCAAGAGUUACCCAGAUAACCGGCAAGAGAUAUCAGACCGGGAGAAUCAUGUGUAUGACAGGGUAGCAGGAAAGGGAGGCACCUACCCUCGCAGGUACCAUGUUUCCCUGCAUUACAAAGACCACAGUGAAGGUCGUCGAACAUUUCCACGCAUCCGUCGUCCCCAGGGAAACCUGUUUACUCUAGUGCCCUCACGACGAUCGCUUAAUGGCAGUGAAGAGAGUCUAGGAAGCAGGCAGCAGUUGGACCUACAAGGCAGGCUGCGUCCACAUGAACGUUCUGUUGCCCACAAGUCACCCAGCGCCCCGGUGACGUGGCGUCGGGGGAAGCUUUUAGGCCAGGGGGCUUUCGGUCAGGUCUACCUCUGCUAUGAUGUGGACACUGGGAGAGAACUGGCUGCCAAGCAAGUCCAGUUUGAUCCUGAAAGUCCUGAGACAAGCAAGGAGGUAAGUGCUUUGGAGUGUGAAAUCCAGCUUCUAAAAAAUCUGCAUCACGAGCGCAUCGUUCAGUACUACGGCUGUUUGAGGGACCACAAUGAGAAAAAGCUCACAAUCUUCAUGGAGUACAUGCCAGGGGGUUCAGUCAAAGAUCAGCUGAAGGCUUAUGGGGCUCUGACAGAAAAUGUUACUCGGAAAUACACUAGACAGAUUCUGGAAGGAAUGUCGUAUCUGCACAGUAACAUGAUUGUACACCGAGACAUUAAAGGUGCCAACAUCUUGCGGGAUUCAGAAGGAAAUGUGAAACUUGGAGAUUUUGGUGCCAGUAAAAGGCUGCAGACCAUCUGCAUGUCUGGGACCGGCAUCCGAUCUGUGACCGGCACCCCCUACUGGAUGAGUCCAGAGGUGAUCAGUGGAGAGGGCUACGGCAGGAAAGCUGAUGUCUGGAGCCUUGGUUGCACCGUGGUUGAGAUGCUCACAGAAAAGCCCCCAUGGGCAGAAUUCGAGGCCAUGGCAGCGAUAUUCAAGAUCGCCACCCAGCCGACCAAUCCGCUGCUCCCACCACGUGCCUCUGACCAGGCUCGGGACUUUAUCCGCUGUAUCUUUGUGGAGGCAAAACACAGACCAAGUGCAGAGGAGCUGUUAAGGCAUCCUUUCUCCCAAAUACAGUGCUGAGUAGUGCUUCAACCCUGAACUGAAGUGUAGCACUGGAGCCUUAAUGGGCAAAGCAUUAGCAGUGUUUGAUGCACCUAUCACCGUUAUAUGCUUUAAAGGAGACACAGUCUUCAACACACAAAAACUCUUAAAGCUCACUUUCUUUCCUUUUAUUUCCAGCAUGUGCUGUUCCAAGAGUUUCCACAAGGGGGAAAUAAAUAUUUACUUAUGAGGCUGCUCAUCCUGACAGAAAAUUCACUUCAAAGGAAUCAUUAUGGAGUCACGGUUCAUGCACCAGUUGUGACGAUUCCUGUUUACAUUUAUUUCUUUUGCAGUAAAAAAAAAAGUCCAUGGAAUCCUUUUAUUUUUCAACAUUCAAACCAAAAGUUAUGCACUGUUGCCAAAGAGUUUCUCUGCAACAAAAUGUUCUUAAACUCUGGAAGAUUCUUUAAGCUACUUCCGAUUUCUUGUUUUAAGCAUAUCCAGAUCAAGACACAUUAAGGUAUUAAACCCAGUAAGCUUUUCUUUGUAAUGUGUCCUGAAUAAGGCAACAUGUACCAAAGCUAGUGGGAUCAGUUAUUAAUUCUAUGAAUUAUUAUUAAAAUUACUGUUGACAAAACCAAUUUUCUAUACCUUCUUACUGUUUGUAGCAUUGCUUCAGAAAUGAAGGGUUUUUGCCAUUUCUAAGAAACAUAUCUGUCUAUCAGUGGCAAUAGGAUCAUUGUUAUUUAUCUGACAAUGGCAGAAAUGUCAGAUUUAAGAUAUCAAAAUGAAUUUUGAUUAAAAAGAAAAAAGUAUUUAUUUAAAAGUGUUUUUACUUUUUGACACAAGCAUAAUUCGAUUAUGUGAUCAAAUGGAGUCUUACAAUAAUUUUUUUAAAUGCACAAACUGCAAAAUACACAAUGGAUCUCAAAAGUGCAUUGGUUAAUGACAGUUUUUUUUUUUAGGACAUAACCGUUUCCACCCUUAAAGGUAUAGUGGAGGACUUUAGCAAAUUUUGAAAAGACCCGCUUUCUCCACUUUAAAAAACAAAUGCACAUGCACAACCCUGUAGGGGUACAAAGUUUUAUUAAGCGCGUGAGAAAGCAUGCACGGGCCCAUUCCUCCUCAAGGAUGUGCGGAGACGCAAUGAUAAGACAGUUGCUUGGAUGGAUCUCAUCUCACCUUUAUUUAUUCAUAAAAAUUUUACCCACAAAUAAGACUACUGGUACAUUAAAAAAAUCGUGACAUGCUUCUAUAUGUGUGUGUGUGUGCUGCAGGGGACAUUUGGACAUGUUUGCAGGAUAAAAAAAUAUUUUUGGCCAUCCUAUAACUACUAAUGAUGCAAAUUACAAAAUAAGUUAUCUUCCCUGGAAAGUUACAAUAUAGAGGUAGAUAACUUUUAUUAGCAGUAAUGUGAAAUUAAUUCCUCCAAAUAGCAUGCCAAAUUUUAUCUGUCGAGUAGAAACUUUGCAACCAAGGCAUCGGUGUGGCAUCACGCCAUCGCCUGAAAGAAUCUCCAAAAAACACUCUGGUCUUGUUUCUCUCUUCGGAUGCCUUUCUUCUCUUCUCUUACACUUCGUUGACACUUUUUCUCUCACGACCCACGGCCAUUUUCAAAGAACCGCAGUAAGAAAGGUGAGCUUCAAUGACUGGCUGAAACCGUAGCUCACCACAUAAAAGUGUGCAAACGCAGGAAAAGAUAGCUAACUGAGGACGAGCACGUAGGACAGCCUUACGUAAACAAAUCACCAGGAUGAUUGACCACUUAUUUUGAUGAUCCACCUGGAAAAAUAAUAUCCUCCACUAUACCUUUAAUGUAAUAUAAACCCUGUAUAAUUCAACUGAAAAAAAAAAUAACGCACUAGUUUGUUUGAGAAUUUUAAAAGGUGCAAUAACUGUUUUUGCACAAAUGUGCCCACCCUUAAAUAUCUAUUUUGUGUAUGCACCUUCUGAUUGAUUUUUCAGCAGUCACUCCUAAGUUCAAACCAACCAAGAGGCAGAAGGCAGCAGUUACAACAUAGUAAGCUAAGUGAGUCCUAUUAAAGAAGACUGCAAUAAUAGAAACAAAGGGAGCUUGAACAAGAUAUCAGUUUUCUGUUUUUUAUUUGUCUUAGAAUAUAAAUAGAUUAAAAAAAUCCUUUUUGUCCCACAGUGAGGAAUUCUAAUGUGCUAGCUGCAAAGUGAAAGUCAACUGAAAGCAUUCAGAUAUACAUAAAGGUAAAAAGAUCUAAAAAACGAAAAAGAUCCUGUGCAGUAAGAGCAAAUAUUUAAAUAUUUAAACAAAAAACACUGUACAGUGGCAUACUCAAAUUCAAGAACUCAAUCACAUUUAUUAAUAAUACAAAGCAUGCAUGUAUAAUCCAGAGGAGAAAAAAAACACUAUUUGUAAGUUUGAAACGACAGAAGGGAUGUAAACAAUGACUAGAUUAAUCGGGAUUAGUGUUGCCUGUAGAGUCUGACAGGGAGGAAGGAUCUGCAAUAACACUCCAUGCUGCACCAAUGAUGCAGCAGUGUGUCCCUGAAGAAGCUCUUAGGUUCUGCCUUAGCUUUGUUUGUGGGAUGGGAGACAUUUACCACAUCUCCAGUUUUUCCAGUUGAAUUAUACAACCAAGUCAAUUUUAUACUAGGCAAUCAUAAACCAUCAUGAUGUCAUUGUUUAUAUCUAAAUUCCUGCAUUUUAACAAGUCACUGUUCCAGUUUAGAUGAAUAUCAGUACUGACUGUUUUAUGGGCUUUAUAUAGAGGCAGUAAAACUAUAAAGAUUUCCAGAUUCAAAGAGAAAUGUUGUUUUGAAGCACUUUUUUGAAAAGUAAUCGUGUUCAUCCAACUGAAUCAAAGCUUUGGGAUUUUAAAAUGAAAUCACAACAUAAUUCACUACACCGAAUACUUGAUGCACUGUCACCAACUGCUAUUUUCCUGUCCUAACUCUUUGAUAUUUCCCAUUUAACAGUGUUGAAAUAUAAACAUGUAUGAACAUUUUAGAGAUGAAACCGGAUACUUCUAGUUUUGUACGACUUAUAAAUUUGAAAUGGAAUAAUUAUUAAUGGCUACUAAUCUUUUUUUUUUUUUUAGGAUAAAUGUCAAUAAUGUGCUAUAACUGGAUUUUGUGGGGUUUAGUCCAAAUUUGAAAAAUUCUUUAUUGGUUUUUUAUCCAAAUGUGAUUUUGUUUUUGUUUGUUAUUAUUAUUUAUAGCCCCAUGAUAUCUUAGUCCACUAUUCUUAGGAAAUACACAUCUAUAAAUAUCUAUUUUUAUAUUUUGACUGUAUCAAACCUUUUGAUACUUUAAGCCUUAGUGUUUUUGGAAGAAACAUAUAGAAAGCAACUGGUUUUGCAGACAUUUAAGAAGUGCAUGUUUUCACUUAGACAUUGGGGGGAGAAUGAACUCUGGCUGCCUAUCAGUUACUCCACUGUAAAAAGAACAGAGAAACACAACCUAUGCUGUUCAUCAGAUGAACAGUGCUGUCAGGUUAUAGAAUAUAGCUCAUGAUUAAAGAUGUACCAAUCAGAACUGAGAGGGCAAUUUCUGACCUGCAGAUUUUGUGAAUUUCUGACCUGCUGAUCAAAAAUCGACUUUUUUUUUCACUUGAAGAACCAUAAGAAUGUGUAAAAGAAGCAUUCCAGAUGAUUCUCUAACUUUCCUUCUGAAAGCAGUGGUUAUGUGUCUCAAAUGGAGAGGUGACAUUAUGCUGAGUAUUGAAUAGCAGUUCUUUGAAAACAAAGGCA